GGAUGAUGCGCCGUCCAAGGUACCAACCAGGCCGCCAGGACGAGACACCUCUGACUACCACAACCACCUGCCAUGAAGCUGCUUGGCGACAGCUGCUGACGAUCCCGCGCAAUCGACAAUGGUUGUCCAGCGCCAUGUCCUCAACUGGCUGUACAGCGUCCUGACAAGUGAAUACCACGAUGUCAACCGCACAUACAACGACGUAGCACAGGCCCUGUCGCAGUAUCCCUCGCUGCUGCCGAGGACAGACGUGCACACGUUUCCCAACGGCACCUCUGCCCUCCUCCUCCACAUCUCCGGUACAAUACCCGUCAACUUUCGCGGCACCACAUACCGUUUCCCCAUAUCGAUAUGGGUUCCUCACGCAUACCCGCGAGAGCCACCUCUCGUAUACGUUACACCGACCGAGACAAUGGUCGUGAGGCCAGGCCAGCACGUCGACCCUCAAGGCCAAGUCUACCAUCCCUACCUCGUCGGCUGGGCUGACUUCUGGGAUAAAUCGAACCUGUUUGACUUCCUCGGCGUAUUACGAGAUAUCUUCGCAAAGGAGCCACCCGUUGUCGCAAGAGGCCAGGCGCAACAACGACCACCCUCCGUCCAACCACAAGCCACGCCGACCCCUCCUCCCGUCCCUCCUCUGCCACAGGAGCUGGCUGCUCGACCGCCGAGCUCCAUACAGUCGCCUCCGAUAGCGAACGGGGGGCCCCAACCACCACCUCCACCUCCCAAACCAGGCCAGCAAGCUUCGAGAGCAGAUGGUCCUCCUCUCCCUCCACUACCGCCGGGUGUGGAGCACCAUUCGAGCCGAUACGGUUCUCCCGCAUUGCAGCAGUCGCCAUCCGCGCAGCCGCCCCAGAACAACCGCAUGUCCAGAUAUGACAGCGCGCCUCCACUGCCCCCGGCUCCUCAACAGCAGCAGGGGCCACCCCAAGGCUUCGGCUUUCCUCACGCGGCUCCUCAUCUACCCCCUUACCAGGGACAACCGCUGCAGGCUCAGUAUCAAGGCGGCGCACCGCCCGUGCCAGUUUCUCCCGCCGAUACGCGUCGAAUGUCAAGCCUGCCUCCGCAAAAUCAUCAACACUACGCUAGUCCUCCACCAUUACAGCAGCCAUGGCAACAAGGACCGCCGCAGGCUAUACCUCCUCCGCCUCAGCAGAAGCCUCCGCCGCCACCAGAUCUGAUGGACGAUCUGACCCUAGACAUUCCUUCGCCCUCUUCCGUGCCAGCACCACCAAUCCCACCUAACCCGGAGAAAGAUGCUCUCCUCCAGCAGCUCGCAGGCACUCUGCAUCAGAUGAGGAACAGGACUCGGGAGCAGAAUGACUCGAGUAUGCAAGGCCUCCAGGCGCAACGGACAGCCAUGCUAAAUGCCAUGAGCACGAUGCAGUCCGAGAUCGGUGCCCUGGCGCAGCUCUCCAAUUUGUUACAAAACAACACAAACAUCCUGCGAGACACCAUACGCCGCGCGGAUGAGACGAUCGAGAGCAGCAAGGCCCUUCCUGAGCCGGACAUCGACCAGCUGCUUGUCGCACCAACAGUCGUCGGCAACCAGCUGUAUGAACUGGUAGCUGAAGAGCGCGCCCUGGCCGAUGCCAUAUUUGUGCUUGGCCGGGCGGUCGAGCGAGGUCGGGUCGCCCCAGCUGUGUUCGCUAAGACGACAAGGAGCUUGGCCAGGGAGUGGUAUUUGAAGAAGGCACUCGUCAAGAAGAUCGGACUCGGGAUGGGGCUUCACCCGGCUGUUUAGCGGGCAGCGGGUGAUACCCUGGCCGGCGUCGAUGGCACUUGUGACGAGCUUGUGGGGAUCACGGAGAGGCAUUGGCCUGACACAGGAGGGGAGGCAACUGCGCCAUCGGACGGGCUGGGGAUCCUCGACAUUAGCGGGGCGGCCGAUUUCCACAGGCGACGGAAGCUGGAGGAGCGCGGCGCUUCGAACGGGGGGCUGCAUAGGGAGCGGCUGAGGGCUGCGUCGCUAUCUGUGCCGAUAUCUCGCCGCAUAGGCACGCGACGUAUCAGGCUGCAUUCUUCGGGCAGCGAAGACUAGCUGAGGGAUGUAAGUGCAUGGAUAUUAGAAGCGAAUGAUUCAGUCCAUUUUGGCAUUUGCAUCCCGAGGUCCUCGUGGAAGUGUCUAUGUACGUGCUGCGCGUGCCGUGUCUGAGGCAAAAUGAAGAGACACGGUGACAUUUUCCGUAGUCUAUCCUUAUGAUGGAGGGAGGCUAUUGGUAGGUCUUACGACACGGACACCUCCCAGAGGGCACCGGCGAGCUCUUUCCUACCACCGGGUUUCUGGGUCGGCAUGGUGGAGCCUCUCUGUGCCCUUGAUGGGACAGUAGCCACAGCUGGUACAAGGACUUCGACCUCGAGGUGGUCAAGAAGGUGGACGCGCCGCGGUACUCGACCGCGGUACGCGGGCCAAUCGAUAUCUUAAUGGAGAGUUUAGACUCGUGGCCUUACUCUGUAGUUCGAGCCCGGGGGUACCGUCGUACUUCCGAUGCGUGGACAUCAAAAGGCCUCAAUAGUUCUGGCCUCCGUGGAAGCCGGUCCGUCAUUUUUCGCCGCCUCUCCUGGCCUCUGAAGAACCAGGUCAUGGACGGUUCUUCUUUUUCACCUGUCUUGGAUGACUGCUAGAUGAGCUGCUGAGUUUAUG